AUACACGAGCGCACCUCCCCUACUCCGCUUUGGAGCAGCCAAUGAGAUUCUACACCCAACUGACAGAUGGGUCCAUAAAUGGGGUGUAGAAAAAAGGGACGCUAGCACUUGCAAUUCCGUUUCAGUGAGGGUUCCUCCUUUUUGUUUUUUUGUUUUAUUUUGUACCAUUUCUUUCCCGCAAAGCCCCUAAAUAGAGGUGGGACGAGAUAUUCCACCCACGACUCAGCUUCUUAGAAGGGGCACACGCCGCAUGCUCUCGUUCAUUCACUCACAUUCGCUCUCUCUACACCCGACUGUCCUCGGGACAUCGAGCGCUCCGUCAGCGGUCUGAUUGCCACCCCCGUACCCAUAUCCUUUAUUUCUCAUCCUACAACGAAGAUCCGCAAGCUUUUCCACUCGUUUUUAUUUUUCAUCUUCCAACGUCGCUGAACAAGAAUGGUCAUGGGAUCGACAGAGACACAGUGGCGUCAGGCAGAACUCCCGCAGCUACAGGGCUGGGCAGAGAAGGGAUUGCUGACACAGCCAAAGAUGAUAAUCAGCAACAUGGAGCCUCAGGUCACAAAUGGGCCGAACGCAACCACGGCCAACGGACCCUCCAGCAACAGCCGGAGCUGCCCCUCGCCCAUGCAGACCGGCAGCUCCACCGACGACAGCAAGACCAACCUCAUAGUCAACUACCUGCCGCAGAACAUGACCCAGGAGGAGUUCCGCAGCCUCUUCGGCAGCAUCGGCGAGAUCGAGUCCUGCAAGCUGGUGCGGGACAAGAUCACAGGACAGAGUUUGGGUUAUGGCUUUGUUAACUACAUUGACCCAAAGGAUGCAGAGAAAGCCAUCAACACGUUAAACGGUCUCAGACUUCAAACCAAAACUAUCAAGGUGUCGUAUGCACGGCCCAGCUCGGCCUCCAUUCGAGACGCUAACCUGUAUGUCAGUGGCCUGCCCAAGACCAUGACCCAGAAGGAGCUGGAGCAGCUUUUCUCCCAGUAUGGCCGCAUCAUCACCUCACGCAUCCUGGUGGACCAGGUCACAGGCCCCUCAGGUGGCUCGCGGGGCGUGGGGUUCAUCCGCUUUGAUAAGAGGAUAGAGGCAGAGGAGGCCAUCAAGGGCCUGAACGGCCAGAAGCCCUCGGGCGCUGCCGAGCCCAUCACCGUCAAGUUCGCUAACAACCCCAGCCAGAAGACCAGCCAGGCCCUCCUCUCCCAGCUCUACCAGUCCCCGAAUCGCCGAUACCCAGGCCCCCUGCACCACCAGGCCCAGAGGUUCAGGCUGGACAAUUUGCUUAAUAUGGCCUAUGGCGUAAAGAGGUUCUCCCCCAUAACCAUUGACAGCAUGACCAGUCUGGUCGGCAUGAACAUCCCGGGCCACACAGGCACUGGCUGGUGCAUCUUCGUCUACAACCUGUCCCCAGACUCGGACGAGAGCGUGCUCUGGCAGCUGUUCGGGCCCUUCGGCGCGGUCAACAACGUCAAGGUCAUCCGCGACUUCAACACCAACAAGUGCAAGGGCUUCGGCUUCGUAACCAUGACGAACUACGACGAGGCGGCCAUGGCCAUCGCGAGCUUGAAUGGGUACCGGCUGGGCGACCGCGUCUUGCAAGUCUCCUUCAAAACCAACAAGACCCACAAGUCCUGAACAUCCUUACCCGCACCCUAAAAAAUACCCCCUUUCACUACUAACCACCACCCGACAGUCACCCAAAAACAGCAACAGGAAAACAAACAUAAAGAAAAACAAACAAACAGGACUGGACAUGGCUUAUAAUAUAACUUUGGACCUAUAAGCCAAUGCUGCCUAAGUAUUACAAAAUGAAAAAAGAGAAAAAAUAUGACAUGAUUUGGAAACCCUGUAAUUAUUGCAGGAUUUCUGUUGUGUAUCUUUUUAGUUACUGUUGUUGUUGUUUUGUUUUCUCUUCUCUGUAAACAGUAGCAAAACCAAUCCCCCUUAUUUCAAAGAAGAGACUGUCCUUUCUUAAAUUCUAUUUUUUUUUUCUUGUUUUAGGAUUUCUUUUUUAAAUCCGGAUCCACUGUCGUUUAGAAUAAUGCCUCCCUGGCAAAUACAGGGAGGGGGCUCUUUUUAAAAUAGGUAACCAUUCAUUCAUUUCCAAUUUAUAUUAAAACCCCCAUUUAAAGUAGAAGGGAUAACACAAAGCUUUUUUCUCUGAUGCAGAAAAAAAAGAAUUUCUAACACUUUUUGUUUUGUAUUGCAAACGAAACACGUCUUUCCUCACUGGGGAUUGGGAGAAGGGGAGAGGGAAGGGAUGGGUUAGCUUUCCUGAUGACAC